AUGUACCCAUCCCACUUCCUGCUGUGGCUGUUUCUGCUUCAGACCGGGUACUACCUUAUCCUUUAUUUGCCCCCAUGGCUCUGGCAGAUUUUGGCUACCAAGGUGGAGUCCCACCAUCAGGGAUCAAUAACACUCAAGGAUGUGACUGUGGACUUCACCCAGGAGGAGUGGGACCUGUUGGACCUCUCUCAGAAAGAGCUGUACUUGGAGGUCAUGCUGGAGAAUAUAGUAGAAGGUGUGGAAUGUGCCUAUCCUUCUAUUACAAGAGAGGCAAAGACUAAUUCUGAAGUAAAGGAGAUGUCUACAAAGCUGAACUUUUUUGUGGAAGGAUGUCGCCCCCCAAGAUGCAUGACUGAGGGUCUCUGUAACUUCAUUUUGAGAGAAAACUGUGACUCUAAUAUGAAAGUAAAUAAAAAUCCAAAGAGUGGCUGUGAAUUUGAUGAGACUGCAGAAAAAUUCAGCCAAUAUUCAGUCCUAAAUCACUAUAAAAAAUUGACCCCAGUAAAUGAGAGUUUUCAGGAUAGUAAAUACAGCAAAUGCUUUCCUGAAGAAGUAAGACUUAUUCAGUCCCCUGAUAAACCUUCUGAAAUGCCCCUGUAUCAAGGUAACCUACAGGGAAUGGCCUUUAGCUCUCUUAAUAGACAUUCAAUCAGUAAAUGUGUAAAGAUGGUUUCUGUGAGUAAUAAAGGUAGGAGACAUUCUAGUCAGAACUCUGAGCUUGCUGUACAUCAAAUAAUCCACUAUGGAGAGAAACCUUAUGAAUGUAAACAAUGUGGAAAGACUUUUACACAGAGGGGCCAUCUUGCUGCUCAUCAGAGAGUCCACACUGGAGAGAAGCCUUAUGAAUGUAAACAGUGUGGAAAGGCUUUCACAGUGAGGGGCCAUCUUGCUAGACAUCAAAGAAUCCAUACUGGAGAGAAAACUUAUGAAUGUAAACAGUGUAGAAAGGCUUUCACAGUGAGGGGCCAUCUUGCCGCACAUCAGAGAAUCCAUACUGGAGAGAAACCUUAUGAAUGUAAACAGUGUGGAAAGGCUUUCAAUUUUAGGAGCUAUCUUGCUAGACAUCAGAGAAUGCACACUGGAGAGAAACCUUAUGAAUGUAAACAGUGUGGAAAGGCUUUCACACGGAGGAGCUCUCUUGCCAGACAUCAGAGAAUGCACACUGGAGAGAAACUUUAUGAAUGUAAACAAUGCAGAAAGGUUUUCACACUUAAGCUCAGUCUAGCUGGACAUCAGACAGUCCACACUGGAGAGAAACCUUAUGAAUGUAAACAAUGCGGAAAGGCUUUCACAAGGAAGAGCACUCUUGCUGCACAUCAUAAAAUCCACACUGGAGAAAAGCCUUAUGAAUGUAAACAGUGUGGAAAGGUUUUCACUCAUAGGAGCAGUCUUGGUAUACAUCAGACAGUCCACACUGGAGAGAAACCUUAUGAAUGUAAACAAUGCGGAAAGGCUUUCACAAGGAAGAGCACUCUUGCCGCACAUCAGAAAAUCCACACUGGAGAAAAGCCUUAUGAAUGUAAACAGUGUGGAAAGUCUUUCACUCAUAGGAGCAGUAUUACUAAACAUCAAAGGAUCCACACGGGUCAGAAACCUUAUGACUGUAAACACUGUGGAAAGGCUUUCACAGUGAGGGGCAAUCUUGUUGCACAUCACAGAAUUCACACUGGAGAGAAACCAUAUGAAUGUAAACAUUGUGGAAAAGCUUUCACACAAAGGGGCCAUCUUGCUGCACAUCAGAGAAUCCACACUGGAGAGAAACCUUAUGAAUGUAAGCAGUGUGGAAAGGCUUUUACAUGGAAAAUCUCUCUUGCUGCACAUCAGAGAAUCCACACUGGAGAGAAACCUUAUGAAUGUAAACAAUGUAGAAAGGCUUUCACAUGGAAGGUCUCUCUUGCUGCACAUCAGAGAAUCCACACUAGAGAGAAACCUUAUGACUGUAAACAGUGUGGAAAGGCUUUUACAUGGAAGGUCUCUCUUACUGCACAUCAGAGAAUCCACUCUGGAGAGAAACCUUAUGAAUGUAAACAAUGUGGAAAGGCUUUCAUAAGUAGAUAUCAUCUUGCCAGACAUCACAAAAUCCACUCUGGAGAGAAACCUUAUGAAUGUAAACAGUGUGGAAAGACUUUCACACAGAGAGGCCAUCUUGCCAGACAUCAGAGAAUACAUACUGGAGAGAAACCUUAUGAAUGUAAACAAUGUGGAAAGGCUUUCACACAGAGGCGCUCUCUUGCUGCACAUCAGAGUAUCCAUACUGGAGAGAAACCUUAUGAAUGUAAACAGUGCGGAAAGGCUUUUACAUGGAAGGUCUCUCUUGCAGCACAUCAGAGAAUCCACACUGGAGAGAAACAUUAUGAAUGUAAACAAUGUAGAAAGGCUUUCACAUGGAGGGUCUCUCUUGCUGCACAUCAGACAAUCCACACUGGAGAGGACCCUUAUGAAUGUAAAAUAUGUGGAAAGACUUUCACACGGAGGAGCCGUCUUGCUGCACAUCAGAGAAUCCACUCUGGAGAUAAACCAUAUGAAUGUAAACAGUGUAGAAAGACUUUCACACAGAGGGGCAAUCUUGCCAGACAUCAGACAAUCCACACUGGAGAGAAACCU